UAUAAAACUAAUAUUAUGGAAAAGAAACCACACGCAAAACAAUCUUGGUUUAGGAAUAUUGAAAAAAAUCUAGGAUUCCAAAAUGAUAUUAAAUGGGUGAAUACCAUAUUAAUUACGCUAUAUCACGUACUAUUUAUUUACUGGCCCUAUCAUUACGCUUUUCCAGUAAAAUGGCAGACAGUUGUGUUUGCGGCUAUAAUGUACGUGGCAAGCGGUUUCGGGGUGACAGGAGGCGCCCACCGACUAUGGACCCACAAAUCUUACAAAGCUACGUUGCCCCUGAAGCUCUUCAUGCUGAUGCUCUAUUCUUCCGCUGGGCAGAACUCCCUGCUCAACUGGGUUCGCGACCACCGCGUCCACCACAAGUACAGCGACACGGACGCGGACCCCCACAACGCCAAUCGUGGGCUGUUCUUCUCGCACAUCGGCUGGCUUAUGCUCAAGAAGAACGAGGCAGUCAUCAAGCGCGGCAAGCAGAUUGACAUGAGCGAUAUCGAGAACGAUCCGCUGCUGAGGUUUUAUGAGAAAUAUUUCCAAUGGUUCAAACUGCUGUUCUGCUACUAUCUGCCGACGAUGAUCAACGUGUGGUUCUGGGGCGAGGAUUGGAAGACGGCCGUGGCUUGGCAGUGCUUCCUCAGAUACAUCACGACCUUCCACAGCGAGCUCACUGUCAACAGCCUGGCUCACGCUUUUGGAUACAAGCCGUAUAACAAAGACCUAAAGCCAGCAGAGAACCGUUUCGUCGCCACAGUGGCGCUCGGAGAAGGUUGGCACAACUACCACCACGCCUUCCCUUUCGACUACAAAGCAGCUGAGCAUUUCGACUUCUUCAAUUUUGGCACCACCUUCAUCAGAUUCUUCGAGAAACUUGGCUUAGCAUACAACCUUCGGGAAGCGACACCGGAGAUGAUCAAUUCUAUAGCCAAGAGAUUAGGUGACGGCACUCCCGUACAUUUCCCACUAGACUCGGAAAACGAAAGAGCUGUUGGUUGAACUAUGUCUAGUGUUUAACUGAGGCGAUUGGUA